CUAAGAUUUCUUCUUUCCCUUCCCCAAACUGCAGCCAGGGCACUGAAAGCAAUCAUGAAGUACGUGCUUGUGUCAGGUGGUGUUAUUAGCGGCGUGGGGAAGGGCAUCAUAGCCUCCUCGACGGGUCUGCUGCUCAAGACGAUCGGCCUCAAGGUGUCAUCGAUCAAAAUCGAUCCCUACCUCAAUGUCGACGCGGGGACCAUGAACCCGAAGGAGCACGGCGAAGUCUUCGUCCUCUCCGACGGCGGUGAAGUCGAUCUCGAUCUCGGCAACUACGAGCGCUACCUCAACAUCACCCUGACCCGCGACAACAACAUCACCACCGGCAAGAUCUACCAGCACGUCAUCGAGCGCGAGCGCAAGGGCGACUACCUGGGCAAGACGGUGCAGGUUGUCCCGCACAUCACAGAUGCGAUCCAGGAAUGGGUCCAGAAAGUCGCGCGCAUACCCGUCGACGACACGGGUGAGGAGCCCGAUGUGUGCAUCAUUGAGCUUGGUGGCACAGUCGGCGACAUGGAGAGCAUGCCGUUCGUGGAGGCCAUGGCUCAGCUUAGGAGGCGCGCGGGCAGGGACAACUUCAUGCAGAUACACGUCUCGUACGUGCCUAUCAUCCACGGAGAGCAGAAGACGAAGCCCACACAGCACGCCAUCAAGACGGUACGAAGCAACGGUAUGAUUCCGGAUCUGAUUGCCUGCCGCUGCGAGCGCGAACUCGAGCCCUCGGUCAUCGAGAAGCUGGCCAACUUCUGCCAGGUCGAGCCUGAGCAGGUUGUAGUCGUAAAGGACAUGCCCUCGAUCUACCAGGUGCCAAUGCUCCUUGAGCAGCAGAAGCUGAUCCCUCUCGUCCGCCAAUUCCUCGCCCUCGAGAAGAUCACCAUCCCACAAACCAUGACACAGAAGGGCGACAAGAUCUGGACACAAUGGAAGCAUCUCACAGGGAACGACACCCGCUUCCACGACCCCGUCACCGUCGCUCUCGUUGGCAAGUACGUCGAGCUCCAGGACUCGUACCUCUCGGUCGUCAAGUCUCUUGAGCACGCAGCCAUGCGCUGCAAACGCAAGCUCGACAUCCGCUGGAUCGACAGCGACCACCUCGAGCCCAAGACUCAGCAGAGUGAUCCGGCCAAGUUCCAUAACGCGUGGCACGAAAUCGUCAAGGCAUCCGGCAUCCUCGUCCCGGGCGGCUUCGGCUCGCGCGCAACAGAAGGCAUGAUUGCGGCCGCAACCUGGGCGCGCGAGAACAAGAAGCCAUACCUCGGUGUAUGCUUGGGCAUGCAGAUCGCCGUCAUCGAGUACGCACGUAACGUCUGCGGCAUCAAGGACGCCACAUCCGAGGAAUUCAACGGCGACGCUGCAAACAAGCUCAUCAUGUUCAUGCCCGAGGUCGACAAGACCACCAUGGGCGCAUCCAUGCGUCUCGGUCUGCGCCCCACACUGUUCCAGCCAAACUCCGAGUGGUCGAAGCUGCGCGCCCUGUACGCCGGUAGCGAUCAGAUUCUCGAGCGCCACAGGCACAGGUACGAAGUCAACCCCAGCUACAUCGACCAGCUGCAGGAAGGCGGGCUGCACUUUGUCGGCAAGGACGAGGAGGGCGUGCGCAUGGAAGUUGUCGAGAUCAAGGGCCACCCGUGGUAUGUGGGUGUGCAGUUCCACCCCGAGUACCUUUCGCGUGUCCUGGACCCUAGCCGACCCUACCUGGGCUUCAUUGCCGCGUCUGCGGGCAUGCUCGACGAGAUCACGAGGGAUUAUCAAGCCGGCGCCGCGAACGGGCUUGCUACCGAGGGUGUUGCCAACGGCGUUGCCGGUCUGAAGCUCAACGGCGAGUUCUAGGCGAGUUGCCGACGCCAGAAGGAGUAAGAUGCUGAGACAUGGCAUGAGAAAACUGGGUACCGUGCCUCGGGCUUCUGAGGUCUGGAUUUUGGUUGGUCUAUAUCCAUAAAGAAGCCAUAACCGGCACAAUGUCCUGGGACGUGUAUAUGAUACCAUGAAACUACGAAUAAGUUAGCCAUCUGCAAUCUUCAUCUACCAAGUCUCUCUUGUGCGCCCGCAAGCACACGCUGAUCUCCGAAGACCCUGUACGACUGCAGAACCAGAUCAUGGACCUCGGCCCCGCCCCACUAGCGAAAAUUAACCAACGCACUACCUCUGAAUUGGGAAGUACACCAAGACAUUGACCCUACUGUUUCGUCGUCACCUUAAUAAACUAGUAUAAUUACUUUAUAGUGCGACUUCUUAU